CUCUCUCUCUCUCCCCCCCCCCCCCCCGGAUUUCUAAAUCAAGAGAAAGUACACCAUGAAAGGGGAAGCUAGCGACAACAAUCGGUUCUUAGGAACCUUAUCAUCUUCAUCGAUAAGAAAUUUACUUCCCAGAUCCAUGUCUUCUUCUUCCAAGCGCAAAUCCAAAAAAUUCUCAGAAAACACUCCUCCUCCACUUCACCCUAACAUCCAAAUCAACGAUCCUCCUCUCUCCACUUCCAUCCCUAAACUCUUUCCACCUUCCAAGUCUUUCUCCUCUUCUGCUUCUCUCAACAGAUCAGACGGUCAGAAUGUUCAAUCACUCUCUCCUCGGGACCCACCACCGCUACUGGGACAAGUCGAUGGAUCCCACGGGGCAUUGGAGGAUUUGGAUCCGGCAGUGAAGGUUGUGGUGAGAAUUAGAGCAGUAAAUGAUGUUAAAAGAGAGGGUGGUGAUGGUGUAGUGAGGAAGCUUUCUUCGAAUUCGGUAUCAAUUGGUGAUAGGAAAUUCAAUUUCGACUCGGUUCUUGAUUCGAAUUCAAACCAGGAAGAUGUCUUCCAGUUAGUUGGUGUUCCUUUGGUUAAAAGUGCAUUAGCAGGUUACAAUGCGUCCAUCUUGUCGUAUGGAGAGACUGGGAGUGGUAAGACAUACACCAUGUGGGGCCCACCAAGCGCGAUGGUUGAGGAUCAUUCAACGGGUAGCAACCAAGGCAUCGUUCCUCGCAUCUUCCAUAUGCUAUUCUCGGAGAUUCAGCGACAGCAAGAGGACUCCCAAAUGAAGCAGAUCAAUUAUCAGUGCAGAUGUUCAUUUCUUGAGAUAUACAACGAGCAAAUAGGGGACUUGCUUGAUCCAGGUCAAAGAAAUCUUGAGAUAAAGGAUGAUCCGAAAAAUGGAUUAUACGUCGAGAAUUUGACCGAGGAGUAUGUGAGCAGCUAUGAGGAUGUAACUCAAUUAUUGAUCAAGGGGCUCUCAAGUAAAAAAGUUGGAGCAACGAGCAUAAAUUCUAAGAGCUCUCGGUCCCACAUUGUAUUUACUAUGAUCAUUGAGUCAUGGUGCAAGGGGACUUCAUCAAAAUGUUUCAGUAGUUCAAAAAUCAGCAGAAUCAGCCUCUUUGAUCUUGCUGGACUGGAUAGAAAUAAACUUGCUGAUGCCGAUAGACAAUUUGUGCAGGAAGGCAAAAGUGUAAAGAAGUCCCUGUCACAGCUUGGGCAAUUGGUGAACACUCUAGCAAAGGAAAAUCAACCAGGGAAAUUUGCAGUUUUUCCAUACCAAGGAUCCUGUUUAACACACUUGCUGCGAGAAUCUCUUGGUGGCAAUGCAAAACUCACAGUCAUGUGCUGCAUCUCCCCUAAUAACAGAAACAAUGGUGAGACGUUAAGGACACUCCGAUUUGGCCAGCGAGCUAAAUUCAUAAAAAAUGACCCGGUUAUAAAUGAAAUAUCAGAGGAUGAUGUUAAUGAUUUGAGUGAUCAAAUUCGUCAGUUGAAGGAAGAACUUAUAAGAGCGAAAUCUGAUGUACAUAAUUCAUUCGAGGGUAGAAGCGGAUACUUCAAGGGGAGAAAUGUAAGAGAAAGCUUGAAUCACUUGAGAGUGAGUCUUAAUCGCUCUUUGAUGCUACCCCGCAUAGAUACUGAUUCUGACAAUGAGGUGAACAUUGAUGAGAAUGAUGUGAGGGAACUACACCAGCAACUCAAUAAAUUACAUUGUUCUCCUGAUGACAACUCAAGAGAUCUAUCUGAUAAUGGAGACUCUGCCCACUUUUCUUCUGUAGAAGAAAGCUUUGAGACAGAUUUGGUGAGUGACAGCGAAGUGAAUGGCCCACAUGAAUUUGAAAGUGAAGAAAUCAAUCUUGAGAAAGAAAAGGAAGGUGAAUCACAAGACGACUUCCCAGCUGCCCCUGAAGCCUCAGAUCCUCCGCUUCGAACCAGCAUUAAUAUUAGUCCAUGCUGUCAGUCUGCAGUCCUCCAUGAGCCAAUGUUGUCUGAGUCACCUAAAAUUGGAAAUACCAGGAAAAGCAUGGUCAUUCCAUCAUUAUUUUCAGCAAGUCAGAACAAUGUGUCAGACAGCUCCAACUUCCAGUCAGAUGUACCGCCCCAGUCACUUAAGCAAAGUGAAAACAUCAGAUCAUCUUUGUGUUCAAGCAAGAUGUUUCCAGGCCCCACUGAGUCCUUGGCCGCUAGCCUUCAGAGAGGCUUGCAGAUUAUUGACUAUCAUCAGCGGAACUCUGCAUCAAACAGAUCUUCAGUUUCAUUCUCCUUCGAGCCCUUGUCAUUAAAACCUUGUUCCGAAGUUGACAAAGUGAAUGUGUCUGUGUCUCUUCAGAAGUUAGCAGAACAUGGAUCACAUGCUUCCUUACUUUGUGCAUCUUGUAAACAGAAAAUCAAUGAUAGUUCAAACGAGGUCCAGGAUAGCCUGACAUGGGUGGUGGCAGAGGAAGAAGCUCGGAAGCCUAACCAACUGAUUAGUCAAGUGGUCAAAGAUUCAGGCGACGGUUUAGCAAUAACCAACAACGGAGAGGAGAAGGACCUUGAAAAUUUAUGUAUGGAGCAAGCAACUAAAAUUGAGCAGCUGAAUCAGUUGGUUGAAAAGUACAAACAGGAAAGAGAACAUUAUAUCAUGACUGGUCAAGAAGGGGAUGAGAUUCUGCCCAGGAAAUCAAAGAAUCAAAUGACACUCUUUGAAGGAUCAGCAGAUGAAGAGAACCAGUCAUUAAAGGAUCGAAACAAGCUUCCAAGUGUUGAGAAUAAUCAGCUUGAGAUUAGAGAAGAAGAAUAUGAAGUAGAAGACGCGAUGGAUAAAAACACAUAUUUUGAUUUGAAGGAGAAGGAAGCACUUCUUCAGGAAAUUCAAAACUUACAGAUGAAGUUGCAGUCGUAUACUGAUGCAUCCAAAAACAGAUCUACUGAAAAGCUGAGAUCCUCUUUGUUGAUACAAUCCAUUCAACUAUGCAAAAGUGCAGACACACAAAAUAAUAGCAUGGAAGAAUAUGAGAGAGAGAGACAGAGAUGGACAGAAAUGGAGAGUGAUUGGAUUUCUUUAACUGAUGACCUUAGAGUUGAUCUUCAAUGCAGUCGUCAGCAUGCAGAGAAGGUGGAGAUGGAAUUGAGAUUAGAGAAGAAAUGCACAGAGGAGUUAGAUGAUGCGCUUCAUAGGGCUGUCCUUGGGCAUGCUAGAAUGGUUGAACACUAUGCUGAUCUACAAGAGAAGUACAAUGACUUCGAGGGAAAGCACCGUGCAAUCAUGGAAGGGAUAGCAGAGGUGAAGAGGGCAGCAGCAAAGGCAGGAAAAAAGGGCGGAGCUCGCUUUGCCAAAUCACUUCAAGCUGAGCUUUCUUCCUUAAGAGUGGAAAGGGAAAGGGAAAGGGAGUUCUUGAAAAGGGAGAACAAGAGUCUGAAAAUCCAGCUUAGAGACACUGCAGAAGCUGUUCAUGCUGCUGGAGAACUCCUUGUUAGGCUGAGAGAAGCUGAGCAAGCUGCCUCAGUUGCAGAGGAGAACUUCAACGUGGUUCAGCAAGAAAAUGAAAAAUUGAAGAAGCAAACGGAGAAGCUUAAGAGAAAACACAAAAUGGAGAUGAUCACCAUGAAGCAGUACAUGGCAGAAAGCAGACUUCCAGAAUCUGCGUUGCAACCACUAUACCGAGAGAAUUCUGACGGAGCACACAACACGAUCCCAGAUGAUGACCAGGCAUGGAGGGCAGAAUUUGGGGCAAUCUAUCAAGAACACUACUAAACCUUCGGCCUUGAUAUAUAGAGACAGAAGACCCUCCUUGGGUCCAAGAUACAAAAUUCUUGUGGAGUGACCAAGUCAAUUUGUUCUUUCAAGGAAACAAAGUAACUUCUCUACUGUACUUGUGUGGAUGAUUUAUUCAUAUGUUUGUUUGCUAUGAUCAUCCUUCAUUUUACAACUUCUUGAACCACCUGUUGUAUCCUAUCAUCUCCCAUCUCCGGUGGAAGCUUAUUGAAAGCUUUAAUGACGAAAUUAUAAUGAAAGCUGGUUCAGGAUUAAUUUCGA